GGCACGGCCCGCAGCAGCGGGGAGGCCCGCGGGCGGGGCAGCCGACUUCCCGGAGGCCCCGCCUGAGCGCGCGGAGGAGCCCGAAAGCAGGAUGGCGGCGUCGGCCCUGUAUGCCUGCACCAAGUGCACGCAGCGCUACCCCUUCGAGGAGCUGUCGCAAGGCCAGCAGCUCUGCAAGGAAUGUCGGAUUGCACAUCCUAUUGUAAAAUGUACUUACUGCAGAUCAGAGUUUCAGCAGGAGAGCAAAACUAACACAAUUUGUAAGAAGUGUGCUCAAAAUGUCAAGCAAUUUGGAACACCCAAGCCUUGUCAAUACUGUAACAUAAUUGCAGCAUUCAUUGGUACCAAGUGUCAGCGUUGUACAAACUCAGAAAAAAAAUAUGGACCACCUCAGACCUGUGAACAGUGCAAACAGCAGUGCGCUUUCGAUCGCAAGGAAGAAGGAAGAAGAAAAGUGGAUGGGAAGUUACUGUGCUGGCUCUGUACCUUAUCGUACAAGAGAGUUUUACAGAAGACAAAAGAACAGAGAAAGAGUUUGGGAUCUUCACAUUCUAAUUCUUCAUCUUCAUCUCUCACCGAAAAAGACCAGCACCAUUCAAAACACCAUCACCACCACCACCACCACCACCAUCGCCACAGCAGUGGCCACCACAAAAUCGGCAGUCUAAGUCCUGAGCAGGAGCAGGGACUGUGGAAACAGAGCCAUAAAUCCUCUGCAGCAAUUCAGAAUGAAACUCCAAAGAAAAAGCCCAAAUUGGAAUCUAAGCCAUCUAAUGGAGAUAGUAGCUCUAUAAAUCAGUCAGCAGAUAGUGGGGGAACAGACAAUUUUGUCCUUAUAAGUCAACUGAAAGAAGAAGUCAUGUCUCUUAAGCGUCUCUUACAGCAGAGAGACCAGACCAUUCUAGAGAAAGAUAAAAAGUUAACUGAACUGAAGGCAGACUUUCAGUACCAAGAAUCAAAUUUGAGGACGAAGAUGAACAGUAUGGAAAAAGCUCACAAAGAAACUGUGGAACAACUUCAGGCCAAAAACAGAGAACUACUCAAACAGGUUGCAGCCUUGUCAAAGGGUAAAAAGUUUGACAAGAGUGGAAGUGUGCUAACGUCUCCUUGAAAAGGUCUCUCGUUUAGCAUCUCUGCUUGACAGUGUCUGUUUGAGGCGUCCUGUGAAGCCCUUGAGCUCUGUGCAGUGGGAAAUAUUUUUACAUGCCAAGGAAAUUGGUGUGGUUCCUAUUCACUUUUGUAUUGACACUCGCAGCAUUUUUUAAGUUGUAAACAUACAGAUAAAACUUCAGCUGGUUUGGAGUGACUUCUUAAUUCUUUGAUACCUAGAACUUUUUCUAGCAAUAGUAUUAAAGAUUGUGGGGUGCACGUAUGCGCACCGUAUGCAAUGCAACAUGCAAUAAUGGAGUGCUUGGAAGAGCAGCCGCAGGGGUUGUGUUCUGCUUUUGUUUAACCUGAUGCUGAUUUCAAAUAAAUAGUUUUCAAUUUAGAAAUGCAAAACUUUUCAACAAGGGAAAUGGUGAAUACUGAUUUUUGGGGAAUUGUAUUUUUACUUCGCAUCAACAUGAAUUUAGAGAAUCAUGGUGCUUUUAUUACAAGAGCUUCAGAGUAUAUGUGAAUAUGUUUUUAAAAGUUACAUCGCUAACACUAGUGUAGUAAUCCAACAUUUCAUUGCUGUUACAGGGUUGACGUUUACUGUACAGCAUCCAAGGUAAAAUGUGUUUUUGUUUUGUAAAAACUGUAGAUUUUUACUUACAAGUGCCUUUUGCCACCUAAUGUUUUUAUUUAUAGGAAUGCUGAUUUUUUUUGUACAUAUGGUUUGUUUAAAAAUCAUGUUAAUAAGUAUUUGUAUAUAAGUGCAUAUGUACAGAACCCAAUCUCAAAAAGAAAUCACUUAGUAACAUACAAGAUUGCAUAUUAAAAUUAACUGAUGAUGCAUAUAGACUUAAGUGAUUUUGUGGUUUGUUUCUGUAUCAUAAGGGAAGCUGUUGGUCAUUGAGUUCAUUUAAUUAUGUUGAAAUACUUUCCUAAAGAUUUAAUUUUAACUCCAUUUUGAUAGAGUGAUUUUAUUUUUAUGUUGUGUGGCUUCAUGUUUAUAUUUUGUGAGUUACAUGUUUUGCUUUAUUUUUAUAUAAAAUUUCCUUUAAGAUUUAUAAUGUUUCUAUAACGGUUCCUAUAUCUGCUUCUUUUAUAAUGUGUUGCUAAGUUAAUAUUUAUGUACACCACACUUACUUUGUAAACUUAAUACAAAUCUGGAAAAUUAAAUAACUUUAUAAUCAAAUCCAUGCCUAUGUCUGAAUAAUUGAAAUCUAUAUGAUUCAGACGCUAUUUAUAAGUAAUUUGUUUCAAAGUAUAAAAUUGUCUAUAACGAUUAUAGUGGUAUGGAAUAGAUUCUGUGAAAUUACAAAAUUAGAUUCUGAACUUUGGUGGUUUUCAGCCAGUAACCGAAAUUGAUCUGCUUAAUGUUAGUUCUGGUUUCAAGGUGAAUUUUAAAACUAAAGGCAUUGCUAGAAGCAACGUGUGACUUCUUUUAGAAAUAUACAGUUAAACUUGUUUGAAUCAGUCUGAAGGGUUUGUGUUUAGAUAAAUGUUUAUAUGGUCUUCAUAUCAAAGAUUAGUGUUUUUAUGCGUACAUAAUUAUAACAAUUCUUUUUCAUUCGUUCAAGUUUUAGUAAACUUCUCAUAGUUGUUUACUACAAGGGAAAGCAAAUCUAACAAUUUGCAAACACAUAAUUUUCAAGUAACAGUAAGAUUGAAUUAGAUUUGGAAAAAGACAGUCUGUUGUUAUGAGGCCCUCACAAAUAAUGUUAAUUUAUUGUUCUCACCCAUAGUAGAUAAUGCCUUAAUGUGGAUGCUAAUGUUUUGAGAAUUUGCAUUCAUAAAGUAGUCAUUCCUUUGCUUUAAAUUUUGUAAUGAUUUAUAUUACAGUUUCCUGGCCAUUUUUCAAUCCACAGUAGUCACAGAUUUUUCUAAAUGAACUAUAGUAGUUCUUAUACGUUGUUGGAGAUGACAGACAUGGAAAUUGAGAAUCAGUUUAAAAUAGUGAAGCUUUGUGAAGUGAAAGGCUAAACCCUAAAUUUAGGGGGCUCACAGUAUUCCGUCCUAAUAAGACAAACUCUUUAUUCUAUGACCUUAUUUUAUAACUUAAUUGUUUUGCAAUUGUAUAAGUUAGUAAUUGAGUCUCAGUCCCAGAUAUGUAGUGUGUUGGCCUAAUGAGUUGAUACCUUUUAAAUGUGGACACGUCCAGAGAUACUAUGGUGUGCUGUAUUGUACUUUUAGCCUGUCUGCUGCAGUUAGCAUAUCCCAGUGAGGGUCAUUUGGGAUCCAGUUUAUCAUGUAUUAAUAGCCUGUGAAUAUUAUGGUCAUCUUUAGAGUGUAUUGGUCUAAAUAUGCAUUUUACAAUGAACCUGUUAAUGCUGGUCACAUGUAUAAAUUAACAAAAUAUUGUACCUGUACACAUCUGACUGUUGACAUUUUGUACUUUUUUUCUAAGCCCAAUAUUUCACAAUAAAAAUUUGCCAAAAA